UAUAUUUACGCAAUCAUCCGCAAAGGUUAUCGUUUUCAAUAUAAGACGAACAACAUGUCACGGCUAUGUAUAGUUAUCAAGCAAUCUAGCAAAAGGAAACUAUAAUCGUAGAGUUGAAUUUAAACAAUGUUUAAUACAGCAAAAUUAGUUUAUUUGAAUUUGGGGGUUGUAUUCAUUACUGUAUCAAUAGUAACGGCGAAAAUUCGGUACCCGUUUGUUUUAGAUCAGCGUUUCGUUUGCAAUAUAAAGCAGUCUUGUGUAGAAUGUUUAAAAUUAACUCAUUGUUCUUGGUGCGUAACUAGUAAUAGAUGUUUUUCGAAGGAACUUCCAACAUUUACAGAUUUUUGCAAGAAUGAUACUAUCAAUUACAAAGAUAACGGAUUCAGUAUAGAAGAGAACGCGGAAUGCUCUUGCGGGAGUAGCAUAGUGGACAACUGUCGACCGCCUGAGCUGAAAGAGGGCGAUGUGUGCUCAGGCAGAGGUAGUUGCGUGUGUGGCCGCUGUAUUUGCAACCCAAACCCAGACCCUGAACACCCUACUAAGACUAUUGUUGGGGAAUAUUGCGAUUACGAUAAUUUCUCGUGUGUCGGCCGUCAUUGUAACGAAGGACCCUAUCCUCUGAGCCAAGCGAAAAACGAAGAGAACCCUAAUGCAGCAGAUGUUGAACAGCCGUCAGAAGUAACUAAUUAAUUCCUAUAAGUUUCUUUUACAUUUACAUUAUUUUCAUAAAAAAGUAAAUUUCUGGCACUGAAACUAGACUGUAGACAUAAUGUUUAGCAAAUAUACACUUAAAUAAACAAAACACAUUUUUAAGUUUAUA